CUGAGGAGGUCGAUUGAUCACGGGAGGAGUUUCGGUACAGUGUGGGAGGGAUUGCUGCUCAUCCAAUCAGCUGUGGAGAAACUGUCUCGUGCGUUCCGGUCACGAUGCGUUGUUGUCGUCCCAUCUUUGUGCACUGGGCAUCUGUUCAAGGGAUAGAAGACGUGCCCAAAAUAAGCGGCGAGGGAUGCGGAUGGUAGCUGGAGGAUGUGUGCGGGGUUGUAUUUUCCGUGACAGUAGAAUGCUCAAACUUAAAAUUGUAGGUAUGGCUGACGUUUACUGGUGAAGCAACGAUACUGUCAUCAGAUUUUCUGGCCAUUUGUAGGGUCCAUAGAUGCCGAAAGGUUGGUUUUCCGUUGGAAGCGCAUCGAUUGAUGCUGCACCUCUCUUCCGUGUACAGGCGUCUCCAAAAGCCUCGGCAUCAUGCGACCAUCUUUUAGGAAACAUUCUGUCUGUAGGAAUUCGUUUAUACUAAAUCUGUGAAUACCCAACGGAAUUAUCUGAAGCGGAGUAACCGUGGAGAACGCUGGUGACAAGAAAAGGAAUACAACGACACCCCUGGAUCUGUCCUUGUGAGGCAGGCAGCACAGAGGCCAUUAUGGAGAGUGGCUCCCUGGCCCAGCAGGUGGAGAGUGUGGAGAGGAGCAUAACCUUCCUGCGGCAGGAGCAGCUGACUCUGCUGCAUGGCCUGCACCUGGAGAUCCUCAGCCUGGAGAAGCGCUGUACAGAGUUGACCCAUGAACUGAAUUUGAAGCCACCAGGACCGUCUCAAGCAGAGGUGCUGGAAGAGGAGGAGCUGCUGGAGGUUCGCUGUCAGGAGGUGCAGGAGCGCCUGGCCGUGAAGCAGAACACCCUGAAGGAGCUACAGAAUGAGCUGAGCCACAAGGGGGCGCUGGUGGGCGCCAUGAGGGUCAGCCUAAAGGGCAAGGAGCGCAGUUUCCUGGAUGAGCUGAAGAGGCACAGCCACAGCACCACUGUGCUCACCACCGAGUUGCAGAAGCAGACGGAGGCCGCUGCCUAUCUCUCCUUCCAGUUGCACUCGGCCAGACGGAAACUGAGGCAUCAGCAACAGCAUCAGCAACAGCAGCACCACCACCACAGGCAACGGGUCAGUCACCAGGAUCCCCAGGUCCCCGUGGGACCCCCUUCACUCACCCCUAGCGGCGCCCCGGCGAAGCCCAAGCGGCGCAGCAGCAGCAGCAAGCACUCCGCGGCGCACACCCGAGUCGAGCGGGCCAGAGAGUGCGUGCCGCGCGAGAAGGUGACGGGCCCCGAGGAGCCCAAAGCCAUGCCUGACCCGGCGCUCUUCUUCUACCCACACAGACACAGGGCCCGGAGCCGCCACACGCACAGACAGCCGCUGGAGGACAGAGAGGGGUUGGGUGACGCAGAGGCCCCAGACAGGGUGGCCCCUAUACUGGCAGCAUCGGCCCCAACAGCCACUAUUGCUGCUGGAAGCAAGGCUGAAUAAAUAAUCUGCUUCGCACCCCUUACAAUAUCUUAAGGACUGCUUCUGUUUGUAUUGUUUACCUCUGUCUUGAUGUAUUAGAGAUGUGGUUGCAAUAUUACUCCUUUAUGUUUGACUGGUAUGGUAGGUUUGAUUUCAUAUCAAGUUAUCUAGACUUAUUCAAGGCAAGACUUUGGCCUAGAUCACAUUUAGAGUGAUUUUCUGCUUACAUUUGGUACACUUGACCAGCACAUGUCUAGUUAAGAAAUGUGGCUUCUUUCUGCUCUUUGUUGGUAACAUGGUAGUGGGUCAGUAAGUCUCAGCCAUGGAUUUCAGCUGUUGCGUUAAUAUUUACAUAUAACACUAAAUCAAUCUGUGCCUCAAGCACAUCAGCCCUCUGCAUGGUAUUACUGAAGAAAUAGAAUAUGUCCCUGGAAAGUAUCUGAAGUUAUGGGGACAUGAUUGCUUUACCGAGACAAAUCGGCCUGCUCUACCAUUUACACUUUACUCAAUUAACACACACUGCUUUCCAGUUACUUAAAAGUAUAGUGUAGGUAUACAUUUUCAUUAGUAUGGGUACUCCCCAAGUAACAAACCCAUGACCUUGGUAUUGUUAGCACCUUGCUUUGAUAGUUGACCUACUGAAGCUACUCUACCAAUACUUGUUCACUAUACUAACAUGUAGCAACAGCCAAUAAAACAGGAAUGUGUUGAAGGCAAAGUAAACAUGAAAUCAAUAGAAAUGGUGAUUUUGGCAAGUAUUCCUUUAAAAUUCGAUCAGGGCUGUGAUUGCAUGGAACUAUUUAAUUGCCUGGCCUCCCUGUAUAUGUGACUUCAGGUGCAUUCAUGCUAGAAUAUUUAUGCUAGUGUGCUUUCAUUUGGACAUUUAGUUUUGACUUCGUUGGUCAGUGCAGCUGUGCAUUUCAAAGUCAGUGUUUCGCUCUUGCUAGAUUGUCUUAACCCGCUCUGUUUGCCAAGUUUGCCUCGUGCUUUGAACAGACAGAACUUUUAGUGUGGCCUUGUAUACAAAGCAGUUGUUACUUAGAGGCCAACAGUAUCCUGGAGAUGUCCAUAGCAUUGGCAGAAAUGUUUGUCUCACUAAAAAGCUCCUUGAUUAGGUACAAGAGCAGUUGAAAACUGGGUGUGCACAAUGUACAACAUGAGCUGGGUAUGGGCUUGAGUGGAAGGCUGUUAGCCAACUGUAGUGUAUACACAAAAUCUAUUUGUGUGUGUGUGUUUGUAUGUUUAUAGUGAUAAUGAAAGGACUGCCCUCAGGGAUUAAGGACCAUACCGAAAACCUGUUUAUGGUACCAUCAAUGCCAUUGACAAAAAGCUUGCUGCUCGCUCUGUUGAAUUUAUACCUUGUUUGUUAUUACUGAAGAUAGAAAUCCACGCUGCUUGGAAACUGUUAGCCCAGUGCACAAAUUGUCAUCUCAGGUGGCAUCAGAACCUUCCUGUAAGCAAGUUCUGUAGGAAUGAGUGUGAGCAGUCUUUUAUUAUGCUGAGAAAUUAUUAACGCCCUCUAUUGGUUUGACAGUGCAAUAACAACUCACACAUGCAGAUGCAGAUGCAGACGAGACUUGGCUGUUAGCUAUCUAUGAGUACAUUUGUAUUGACAGUGGUCAAAACAUCAUUUAAAAAUAUGAUGUCAUUCAAAGGCUGGAUGAACAACUAAAUCUGCAAUCACUAAAUUAUAACGUUCAAAUAACGCAGUAACAGAAAUAAUACGAAACCGUAACCAUCAGGAGCUCUACAGGCUGGGGCUGGUCUGGCUAAAGCGUCACUAAAGUUUGUCAUGGUUUUCCUAGACCAGGAUGUAAUAUUGUGUUGUGAGUGUGCUGAUCAAUGUACAGUUAUAUAUGAUAGAACACAGAGCCUUACAUACUCACUAGGCCAUAUAAACUAAUGUCAGUGAUUGUCAUACCAGUUAUAUCCUCAUUACAUAAAGGAAAAUCAUUUUGAUACUAUUCUCUUCACUAAUUAUAAUAUCAAAAUGACAUACGGAUACGCGAUAACAUUUUAUAAGAGUUUGUGUUGAUAUAAUUUAGGUUUCUGCUCACAAAUGAAAACGAUAUGUUUUUAUUUGAUGAACUCUGGGAUGACUGAUUGCACUGACUGACUGGAAAACUGAGUGUAACAGAGGAAGCAGGAGCCUUAAAGGACAUAAGAGCAGUCUCUGGACAGCUCAGUGCGUUUUAACUGGGUCACUAGCACCGGACUUUCUAGUUUGUUUUUAUACAAGGCUUCUAUAUUCCACCAUAGAAAGGGGGACCUAAUUUCACUUGUUGGCAUACAAAUUUCAUGCAUUUCAGGACAAAGCAACACAGACAGUGUUUGGCUGUCUAGCUAAAAUUACUCUUUUUUUUACUUUGUAUGUGUGGGAGAAAAAUGGUAAUAAACUGUAGUUCAUCAGCCUGGUGAAAGCAUAUUUGCAUGACAUGCACCUAACAGGCACUAAAAUAGUUUCUUGCACUUUGUUUCUGAAGCUUUCUGUAUGCUCUUUUCCAGGAGUAGUUUUGUAUGACUGCUGUCAGAGACCACAAGCUAUUUGCAUUGAAUAUGAACACCAACUAAAUGUUUUAACAUUUUCCUUUGUUACACUGUGCAUCAAAGGUUUUACAAUUUUCUGUAGGCUUAUGUAGUUUUUUUCUUCUUUAACAAAAUAUUUAGUUUUUCGAAAAAUGGCCUCAAGUAUGACAGAUUGGUAUUGGUAACAUAUGGCAUGCUUUCUGGUAACAGAACUUUGUGCUAAACGGUUAGGAUGGUCGCUUUCAUCUUAAUUCUUUCCCUGAGAAACUGUGUGUAAUAUUAGGCUAUCCCAUGUCAAGUGUGCAAUGAAGUAGGAGCUUACGCUGGUAACUCUUUGGAAUGCAGUCUUCCUCUUAAGUGAUGGUUAGGAAAUACUCAGCCAAUUUUGAAUUAAGAAGGGCAAUGUGACAUUCAAAAUGCAGUUUUGGAUGGAAGUUGUUCCGAAUCCAAACCAAAAACAGAUCACACAAUGCAAACUCUGUAUGUAUUGUUUUGUAGCAAUAAUCUGCAUUGUAGUCAUUUUUGCACAUAAGGCAAAAUAUGCAGUAAACAGCAUAACACUGA